AUGGCGACGGUGACGGCGGCGAUGCCGGUGCUCACCAAGGAGCUGUCUCUAUUCCACACCACCGACCCCCUGCUGGGCAAUUCCCCCGUACUCGUCUUCCAUGGCCCCUCUGCAUCUAUUGGCGCAACCAGCUCGCGCAUACAGGUGCACGUCUUCACACCUGCUGGGCUAGGCUCCUACACGCGCCUGUCUGUGUCGCCCAAUUCGCCAUUCUACUCGGCUGUGAGCAAUCUACCGCGAGAAGAGCAAGGUGAUGAGGUGUGCCGUGGCCUCGCGUUUGGUCUCAAAAAGUACUUCUCGGAGCUUCCAGGCGCCGUAAGGAAAACAUGGUGUGCGCAGUCCAAAGCUCCGUCACUUUCGGCGCUGUUUGGUGACGAUCAUAUUGCGAUUCUGGCAACUCGCAUGACGAGAAUUGAAAAUGUGGAGGAAGUCAUUGGAGAUCUUGCAGAGGCCUUUUGCGAGCAGCGACUCUCGUGGUUGGAUGUGGACGUCGUCCUUCCUCCAGGAACGAUCAAGGAAGCAUCUGGUAUGGACGGAUCGGAAGAUAUUAACGAUGAGGAGUUGCUGAAGCAGCGAUAUGGGCGGUAUUCUGAGCUGAUCGCGAGUUUGGGUGAGGUUUGCUUCAUUCCAACAUCGAAGAUCAAGCGCGCACCCUCAAAGGCGCUGGCUAUCGGAAGGACAGCAUCGUUCCGCCGGCAUAACAAGGAGAAUGUUCGCGAUCAGUUAGCGGAGCUUCUCAACACCGAGGACAAUUACGUGAGCCGAGUAGGGGAUCUUUUGCGCUAUUCCGAGGACCUGGGAUCGGAUCUGAAAGAGCGGCAUCAGAGCCAACUUCGGGAGGUAUUCUCGCCAGCCAUUGGUCAGAUCAUGAAGACCAACACUGGGUUCCUGGACGAGCUUCGCAGACUAGUCGAGGAAUCUGAGGAAACAGCCGUGCAAGACAUUGAGCGUACAUCAGAGGACGAGAAUGGACCGGAAGGUGAGGCUUCUGCAGAUGCCUCAACUGAUGCGUCCGGUCUGGUGCGUGUUGCGCAGAGUCUCUGCGAGUGGCUCCCACAGUUUGCCGAGUGUUAUACAGACUACCUCAGCACCCAUGCCCAUGCCUCACAAACACUACGCGCACUGCUACGGAACGGUGACUCCCUUGCCGCAGAGCUUCAAAACAUUGGUGAACAGAAGCUUACGUCUCUUAUGAUUGAGCCGGUGCAACGACUUCCGCGGUACAAUCUUUACAUCGACAGUCUCUCGAAGCAGCUCCCCAUCCGACAUCCGGCAUUGAAGCUGCUGCUCAAAGCGCGAGACAUUGUUUCCGGAUUGUGUGCAGAGUCUGUAGUCACGGAAUCCUCUGCUGUGAUUGAUCGACUGCGUUCACGCACCAUUGGCUGGCAGGCCGACGUCGAUAUUUCCGGUCGGCUGAUAACGGCCAUCGACUUUGUCGAGCUUGUGCCGCCUUACAGACUUAACAGGCGUGGUGGCACACGCGGUAUCCUACUGCUCUUUACGGACGGCAUGAUUGUCGUGGAAAAGGCCGCCGCAUCCAAAGCUACCGCCAGAAAUUUGCUCACUGAGAUCGAAAGUGGCUCAAUGCCAUCGAAAUCGGUCGAGAGCCUCCCCGACGCUGGAAGCGAUCUUCACUUUGUCCGACGAUUGCAUCUCGACGAUGUGCAGUGCACCGAGAGCCAUGAUGGCCAAGCAAUGCAGGUCAUGACGUUCUUCCAGCUGAGCAUGGGCGCGGUACCCGCCCAAGAGCCCAUACUGGACUCCUGCCAAGUUCUCCAAUUGGAGAAUGCAUACGAAGGCAGGGCCGCACGAUUCGUAGAAGAAUUGUCCAAGGCAAGGGUAGAAGGCCGCUUUUCCGAGUCCGAACGCGAGUCCAGCCGUUGGGAAUUCCGUGCCACUGACCUCGCCUCUGACAGCCUUGGUCUUCUCAGUGCAGUUGUUGAGGAUUCCAACAAUGACCAUGUGAGCUUGAGAAGUAGCACUUCGCUGGUCCGCAUCCUGGUAGAUAUCGACCGCCAUGCAGCACCACCACGAGCAGGCCAGAACGGCAUACGCACGAUAGUUGCUCUCUCGCCGACAAGAGCAGGUGACUGGAGAAUGACCAUCGAUUCAAUUGAUGGCGCCGUCGGGCGCGAGCACCUUGAAGUUGCGGAUCUCGUGCCUGCAAUUCGGAGGAAGCUCGCUACGCUCAUAGGCGUGCGCCUAUCCAUCGAACAGACGGCAUCGACGGCAUGCCUGCUGGCAAGGAAUUCUGAUCUGUUACAAUCCAUUGAGCUGCACAAUCAGCCUCAGCAGGGCGAUGAUGAUCAGCCGCGGCUGACACCUCGCGAUCGCGUCCACCGUCCCAAGUCACCAAAGAAGCUCCUCUCCAGCUUUCUCUCCAGCGUCGGUCCUGGUAACGAACCACCGCUGCUCAAACGGGAGCUGCCUGGUCUUCCAAUGCCUAAUCCAAACUUUCGAUUGUCUACCGUGGCGCCAAAGCCACCAAGCAGAGAAUCGCGACCAUCUUCUAGAGACCAACCAUUCUCCAGCUCUACUGAACACUUACCAGCGCCGAGCCCUGCGAAGAAGCUGGAAGACACUCUCUCAGCCUACAUACUGGCCCUUCAAGCCCGGAAAGGCAAUAUUGUGGGGAAGAAUCUCAAGAUGCGCGUUGUAGCGGACGAGCUCCAAGUUAGCGAACUUUAUAACAGUCUCCUGGAAGAUCCGAACAUGAUGGUACUUGCCGCUCAAGCUCCCCUUGAUGUCCUGUUCGCCUCUUUCGAGAAAUUCUUGAACUUGGUGUGGAUAGAGCAGAUUGGCCAGGUCAUACCCAGCGUAGUCCUUGAAGAGAUACAGCUCAAGGCUGAAACACUCUUCCCGGCCGACUUUGACCAGUUCUUCCGCACCACUGUUGCCAAGCUUGCUCCCCAAAAUCAACGCGCUUUCAAGGCCAUCAUGAAGUUGCUCGCCGAAUUGCUUGACGGAACCGGCAACGAUGGUGAUCGUGGCAUCUUGACCGCUGCGUUUGCAGAGAUUCUAGUAACAGAUGGCAACCCUCACGACUACAUUGCGCUCAUCGACCGGUUUGUGGAUGACACCGAGACUUAUUUUGGCGAGCCUGUUGAGGCCCCAACCCAUCAACGUCACGACACUGGCUCUGUYAACUCACACAAGAGAACCCGAUCUGCCAACUCGGCUUCACUUACCAGCAAUACUUCAUCGUUGCGUAGAAAGUUUGGUUUUGGUACACUUACCCGCGAGAACAGCAAAUCUGAGCAGGAGUCCAAGGUGGCGUCUGUAUGGCGUACUCUCAGCAAAAGCACGCGUGGCGACACAAGCCCUGGCCCGACCCCAGUCAGCAGCUUUUCAAAAGGCUCUCUUUCUCGCGCCAGGUCGGUCGAGACCGAAGCCUCAACCAUCGGGAGUCGGCCAUCAUCUUCAGAUGGGCUCAAAGCGCCUAGCCAUGGCGACGCUCCGUCUCUCGCUCGGACGCCUUCGAGUCACAACUUGACGACGAUCGGAGAGCACCCGAGCUUCAUACCGACGGGUCCACCCAGGAAGAAACGGCGUAGUUCGCUGUCCGAUCUCAAGAUGCUGGACUUCUCGCCCAAGCGGGAGCAGCUCGACCCACCAACUCCACAGCGGCCACAGCUACUGCACACAAUGUCAGACAGCCCGGCUCUCCCAAACACAACGGUACCCUCAACUCCAUUGCCGAUAUCUCGAGGCAACAGCAAUCGGUAUGGCACGCCACAGCAAGGCUCGCCCCGCUCUCGACUGCCGUCGUCAUUCCGCCGGGACUUGUCACCUGGCCCAAGCAGAGCGCUCGGGCACAGUAACAGCGAGCAGCAGCGGCCAAAGACUAGCGGAGACAGACCAGAUGUUGUGAUCACAGCACGGCCAAUAUCGAACAUCCCGAGUCUGAUGCCCAAGCCUAGCUUAACACAGAAACACGCGCCGUCAACUCCAGCGCGAGCGGGACUGUCUGAAAGACAGGACGGCGGCAACAUAGUAAAGAAGCCUUCUCCGCAGCCCGAGAAGACGGCGCUUCAACGCCGCAUGACUGGUCCCGAACUUGCCUCGUCCCCUGCUCCGCGUAAGCUCCGCAUGCAGUCUCCUCAAAAGUUACGCGAGCGCCUGCAACAAGAGCAGACUAAUGUCGCUGCCACGCACAUCACCCUCCAAGAGGAGCUCAGCAAGAUUGGCAACGAAUUGACGUCGACAUCCAGUCCCGCCCGACCCGCCACUGCUCGUGGUAGCAAGACGUUUACAGGUCGUGGGUCGAUCUCCCAGCCGAGCAACAUGGAUCUUGCGCAGCGUGUGCUCAAGAUGGAGGGUAGCCUCCCCAAGCAGAUGGACGAGCUCAGCCGGCGUAUCAGCAGCAUCCAAGGCGAUCUCACGUCUUCGCUCAGUGUCUCGGAGCAGAAAUGCAGAAAACUUGAUGAGCUUUAUCGGGAAGCCAAUGGGGAGAACGAGGCACUCUAUGCGCGCUUCAAUGACGAGCUAGGACGCAUUCUGAAGGCUGUGAGGGGCGGCGAGGGUGUGGAAGAGUUGAAGAAGAAGCUCAAGGAGGCACAGUUGGAGGCUGCCAAUCUAAAGCGGGAAACGAGUCGAUUAAAGCGAGAGAAUGUUGGUCUGAGGGCGCAGAUGCGGGAAUGA